AUGACUGUGCUGCGACGUCUCCAGCUUUUAGAGGGUGAACUCUUGAGAAAUACUCGCAUCGAAAUUGUUUUGUCUCCAAGCAUUCCCAGCCAUACAGUCUAUGAUAUUUUGAUGACUUUAGUGUACAUUGCCCUUCUUUAUCAGACUCCAGCUCAGUACAACUUCGACUGGGUCGUGAAGGACGACUACUCCGCCAACGACUACGGCCACCAGGAGUCCCGCGACGGAUACAACACACAGGGAUCCUACUACGUGCAGCUUCCCGACGGUCGCCUGCAGAAGGUCACCUACCACGUGGACGGCGACUCAGGCUACGUGGCCGAGGUCACCUACGAGGGACAUGCUCAAUACCAAGCCCACCAACCCUCCUACCAUCCCACACCUUCCUACCACUCCACCCCUUCUUACCACCCUACACCUGCCUACAGGCCAACACCUUCUUACAGGCCGAGACCCCAUCACUGAGAACCUUAUGUAUAAAUCAUCCACUCAAAUAACAAAAUAAAAAGCACAGAAUCACUAUUUUUUGAAACUCCAUAUGAGGCACACGCAUAUAUAUGUAUGUAUAACUAACACGCAAUUUCCUCAUGUACGAGAGUGCACCUCCAAAUCCAUUUACAGAAUGC